ACUUUACAGGACCAUGAGGGACCAGAUGAGGGCGUUCCACUCGAGGCGAGGGGAUUGGGGAGGCGAGCUCUCCGAUGCCGAGGCGGCCGAUUGCAUGGGGGACAGCGAGACCGAGCGAUGUGCAACGUGGUGGUUUGAGCAUGGACGUGCCGACCCAGGGUUGCGCACCAUAGCCAUCCGUGUCAUGCACUUGUGGACGUCUGCCUCUCCAGCGGAGAGGAAUUGGGCGGAGCACGAGCGCGUCAACAUGGCGAGGCGCUGCAAGCUUGGGUUCGCCAAGCUUGCACAGCUGGUUGAGAUUGCCACCAAUCUCAAACUGGCCUCGUGCGCACGGCAGGGUGGUGGGUAUGUAUUGCCAUGGGUUAUGGGGACCGGUCGGGAGGGGACGACGGCAGUGGACGAGGAUGAGGAGGGAGACGUGGAGCCCGAGGUGUGGGGAGCGCGACCUGCUGGCAGUGUUCCCGAGGAGGAGAUCCAGCGGCAAAUUGUCGCUUUCCAUGACAGUCGACCGUUCAGAGCACGUUCGGUUCGGGACGUGUUCGGCAGCAGGGCGAUGGAGCUGCGACCGUGGCCGGAGGGUGGGGAUGAUGUGGACGCUGCGGCGGCAGACGACGACAUCGACGACGACUGGACAGACGAUGAUGACACGCCGCCGAGUGGCGACCCGACGGCUGAGCGAGUGUACUUCACUUACGGUGGGGGUCGUGAUGGCAUGGAUUCAUUCACAUCACUUGUCAUUGGUGAUGUGCCGUCGACCGCACAGGCGAGUGACAGCAGCAGAGCCGGUGGUGGUUGUGGAGGACGUUCGCAUGUGGAGGUUGGCGUCGACGACUCGGGGGAGCAGCAGCCACCGGGAGGUCUUCGGCAGACAGGCAGGCGUUGGGAGGUUAGGAGCGACAACGAGGCCGAGGAAGAGGCGAGGAUGAGCGGGUGCCCCUUCACGAUCGUCGCUUCUCUCCCUCCCAUCAUCGGAGCGUUGUACAUCCCGAGGCACUUAGGCGUUUGGAGAGGUUGGUGUCGGCAGCUGGCAGAGACCGGACACAUGACGGCGAGGAUCGUGGGGGGUAGAGGACUCCUUCCGACGCCGGUAUCCGCCCCCGCUCGCCGUCGGAGCUCCGCACACGCGACUUUGACGUCGGAGGGCUCGGUGGGGGCUUGGGAGAUUUUAGUGUCGAGGGACGUCGACGUGCCUCACCGUCGAAGGUGCACACCGACGCGGACGUUGUGUGGGGCCCUGAUGAGACUGAGGAGGAGAGGGAUGCCUGUUUGGACCGAGGGGAGGAGGAGCGGCUGGGGAGUUUGCCACAGUGGGAGGGUUGGUUCGCGUAUCUUGACGAGCAGCGUCGGCAGAGGGAUUAGGAGACAGGAGGGGGGGGAGGCCGCGACGACGAUGACUCUGGUGUCCCUGAGGAGGCAGUGCAGGGGGAUUUCGUUGACGAGGGGCAGGAUGCCGCCGCGGGUGGUGGGUCAGGUGGUGGAUGACGCGGCGGCGGGGAGACCGCGUGUGAUGAGGGGCAGGAUGUUGUCAUGGGCGUUGGGUCCCCUCGUGGGGGGCGUGGCGACGGCGAGACCACGGGUGAUGAGGCCAUUGAGGGGCAGGGUGCCGCCAUGUGUGGCAGGGGAGAGGGUGGACCCGGUGGAGAUGGGGAUACCGCGGGUGUCGGGGGAGACGAUGGACCGGAUGGAGGUGAUGACGACGACCACGGUCCCGAGGACAAUGCGUACAGGCUCGCCUUGGUGUUGAGGGACCCCACAGUACCUCCCUUGCGCCCUGACGACUCGGCGUGCACUUUCU